CCCCGCCUCGCAAGGGUCACAGGUCACGGGGCGGGGCCGAGGCGGAAGCGCCCGCAGCCCGGUACUGGCUCCUCCUGGGCUCGGUCCAGCGCCUUCCCCCUGGCCCGACUCCGCUGAUCAGCGUCAAGUGACUUAUGCCCCCGACCCUGAGCCCGGACCGGCAGGCGAAGAGGAUCAGAUCUCCGCUCGAGAAUCUGAAGGUGCCCUGGUCCUGGAGGAGUUCCGUCCCAGCCCACGGUCUCCCGGUACUGUCGGGCCCCGGUCCUCUGGAGCUUCAGGAGGCGGCCGUCAGGGUCGGGAAGUAUUUGGGUCUGGGGUCUCAGGGAAGGGCGGCGCCUGGGUCUGUGGUCUCGGAGAGAGCCUGCUGGAGCCAAGUAGCCCUCCCUCUCUUGGGACAGACCCCUCGGUCCCAUGUCCAUGGGGGCACCGCGGUCCCUCCUCCUGGCCCUGGCUGCUGGCCUGGCCGUUGCCCGUCCGCCCAACAUCGUGCUGAUCUUUGCUGACGACCUCGGCUAUGGGGACCUGGGCUGCUAUGGGCACCCCAGCUCUACCACCCCCAACCUGGACCAGCUGGCAGCAGGAGGGCUGCGGUUCACAGACUUCUACGUGCCUGUGUCUCUGUGCACACCCUCUAGGGCCGCCCUCCUGACCGGCCGGCUCCCGGUUCGGAUGGGCAUGUACCCUGGCGUCCUGGUGCCCAGCUCCCGGGGAGGCCUGCCCCUGGAGGAGGUGACCGUGGCCGAAGUCCUGGCUGCCCGAGGCUACCUCACAGGAAUGGCCGGCAAGUGGCACCUUGGGGUGGGGCCUGAGGGGGCCUUCCUGCCCCCACAUCAGGGCUUCCAUCGAUUUCUAGGCGUCCCAUACUCCCACGACCAGGGCCCCUGCCAGAACCUGACCUGCUUCCCGCCGGCCACACCCUGCGACGGUGGCUGUGACCAGGGCCUGGUCCCCAUCCCACUGUUGGCCAACCUGUCCGUGGAGGCGCAGCCCCCCUGGCUGCCGGGACUAGAGGCCCGCUACGUGGCUUUCGCCCAUGACCUCAUGGCCGACGCCCAGCGCCAGGAUCGCCCCUUCUUCCUGUACUAUGCCUCUCACCACACCCACUACCCUCAGUUCAGUGGGCAGAGCUUUGCAGAGCGUUCAGGCCGCGGGCCAUUUGGGGACUCCCUGAUGGAGCUGGAUGCAGCUGUGGGGACCCUGAUGACAGCCAUAGGGGACCUGGGGCUGCUUGAAGAGACGCUGGUCAUCUUCACUGCAGACAACGGACCUGAGACCAUGCGUAUGUCCCGAGGCGGCUGCUCUGGCCUCUUGCGGUGUGGAAAGGGAACGACCUACGAGGGCGGUGUCCGAGAGCCUGCCUUGGCCUUCUGGCCAGGUCAUAUCGCUCCCGGCGUGACCCACGAGCUGGCCAGCUCCCUGGACCUGCUGCCUACCCUGGCAGCCCUGGCUGGGGCCCCACUGCCCAAUGUCACCUUGGAUGGCUUUGACCUCAGCCCCCUGCUGCUGGGCACAGGCAAGAGCCCUCGGCAGUCUCUCUUCUUCUACCCGUCCUACCCAGACGAGGUCCGUGGGGUUUUCGCUGUGCGGAGUGGAAAGUACAAGGCUCACUUCUUCACCCAGGGUAACCCCUCCCAGUGGAUCCCUCCUACCGACCUGCUGACCCCUCCCCGGAGCCCCAGAUCCCUGGCCCCUCCUCUCAUUCUUGCCCUGUGCACACAAUUGGCUCCCUCCCCAGGCUCUGCCCACAGCGAUACCACUGCAGACCCUGCCUGCCACGCCUCCAGCUCUCUGACUGCUCAUGAGCCCCCGCUGCUCUAUGACCUGUCCAAGGACCCUGGUGAGAACUACAACCUGCUGGGGGGUGUGGCCGGGGCCACCCCAGAGGUGCUGCAAGCCCUGAAACAGCUUCAGCUGCUCAAGGCCCAGUUAGAUGCGGCUGUGACCUUCGGCCCCAGCCAGGUGGCCCGGGGCGAGGACCCCACCCUGCAGAUCUGCUGCCAUCCUGGCUGCACCCCCUACCCAGCUUGCUGCCAUUGCCCAGAUCCCCAUGCCUGAGGACCCCUCGGCCUGCCUGGGCAUGUGAUGGGGGAGCCUGUGCGGGAGGCUCAGGUGUCUGGAGGGAGUUUGUACCUGAUAACAUAAUAACACCAGUGGAGACUUGCA